GACGGCCAGGCGCGGCCAGCCGAGCGCCGAGCGCAGCUGAUGCAACCUGGCGGAGCCGCCGCCAUGGAGCCUGCGCCCGGCCCGCAGGAGAAGUAUCACCUCAUCACUCGGAACCUGCAGGAGGUGCUGGGGGAGGAUAAGCUCAUGGCCAUCCUGAAGGAGCGAGAGUUGAAGAUCUACUGGGGAACUGCCACCACCGGCAAGCCACACGUGGCCUACUUCGUGCCCAUGUCCAAGAUCGCAGACUUCCUGAAGGCGGGGUGCGAGGUGACAAUACUCUUUGCUGACCUCCAUGCUUACCUGGACAACAUGAAGGCCCCCUGGGAGCUGCUGGAGCUGCGCACCCGUUACUACGAGAGCAUGAUCAAAGCCAUGCUGGAGAGCAUUGGGGUGCCCCUGGAGAAGCUGAAGUUUGUCCGGGGCACUGACUACCAGCUCAGCAAGGAGUACACGCUGGACGUGUACCGCCUCUCCUCCGCGGUGACGCAGCACGACGCCAAGAAGGCAGGAGCGGAGGUGGUGAAGCAGGUGGAGCAUCCCUUGCUGAGUGGUUUGCUCUACCCAAGCCUGCAGGCCCUGGAUGAGGAGUACCUCAAGGCUGAUGCACAGUUUGGAGGAGUUGACCAGAGGAAGAUUUUCACCUUUGCAGAGAAGUACCUUCCUUCCCUAGGCUAUGCCAAGCGAAUCCAUUUGAUGAACCCAAUGGUUCCUGGGCUGACAGGCAGCAAAAUGAGCUCAUCAGAGGAGGACUCCAAGAUUGACCUUCUGGACCGCAAGGAGGAUGUGAAGAAGAAGCUGAGGAAGGCUUUCUGUGAGCCAGGCAAUGUGGAGAACAAUGGAAUCCUCUCCUUCAUCAAGCAUGUCCUCUUUCCCCUCAAGUCAGAGUUCGUGGUGCUGCGAGAAGAGAAAUGGGGAGGAAACAAAACCUACACAGCUUAUGAGGGCCUGGAGAAGGACUUUGCUGAGCAGGUUGUGCAUCCUGGAGACCUGAAGAACUCAGUGGAAGUGGCCCUGAACAAACUGCUUGACCCCAUCAGGGAGAAGUUCAACAGCCCAGAACUGAAGAAGCUGACCGAGGCAGCCUAUCCCAAAGCCAAGCCCGCAGAGAAGCACACCAAGAACUCGGAGCCGGAGAGCACAGUGGUGCCGUCCCAGCUGGACAUGCGAGUGGGCAGGGUGAUCAGCGUGGAGAAGCACCCGGACGCUGACAGCCUGUACGUGGAGCAGAUCGAUGUGGGGGAGCCGGAGCCCCGCACGGUGGUCAGUGGCCUGGUGCAGUUUGUCCCCAGGGAGCAGCUGCAGGACAGGCUGGUGGUGCUGCUCUGCAACAUGAAGCCCAAGGCCAUGAGGGGGGUGGAGUCGAAGGGCAUGGUGCUGUGUGCCUCCAGCCUGGGGGAACCUCGGCAAGUGGAGCUCCUGGACCCCCCUGCGGGGUGCUGCGCUGGGGAGCGAGUCUACGUGGAGGGCUAUGAGGAUGGGGACCCUGAGGAUGAGCUCAAGCCCAAGAAGAAGGUCUUUGAGAAGCUGCAGGCCGACUUCCGUGUCUCUGAGGACUGUGUGGCCCAGUGGAAGCAGAGGAACUUCCUGACCAAGCUGGGGACAGUCUCCUGUAAAAGCCUGAAGGGUGGCAGCAUCGGCUAAUGCCACCAGAGCCUCUGCUCGUGCCUCCUGCCUGGCCCUCUCCACUGCCUCAGCCCUCCCUGGGCUCUGCCAUCUCCUCCCUGGCACCCUGAGCUGGGGGGCUCAGUCCUUGGGGGGCUCUGGGACUCAACUUGCAGCUCUGCCCCCUCAAGAGCUGGCUCUGACACUCCCCCGGGCCUGCUCAGCCAGCGCCUGUGCCUCAGCCGUGGCCAGCUCUGGGGACUGGCGGUGGCACCGUACCCAAGGGACCUGUGUGACCCCUGCCCC